AUGCGCGCGCAUGCCCCUGCAGGUGAUGGACUGGAGCUGGGCGGGGCUACAAAGACUGCUGAUUACAAUGCACUAUCCACUUCUGUGUUCCUAGAGUUAGGGUUCUGUUUUCUCCCUCUUGUAAAUAAUUCAUCUGAAGCCUAUCUUUUCUGCAAAGAUGCAAACCUUUCCUGGGAACGGUUUAAAGGGCGAGAUUUUAGAAAUAAAGGGUCACUUAAGGAAAACCUGGUUUUACAAAUUAAACAAUUCCAUCAGGGUGGAAAACAUGGCAUGAGAAAGCCAUUUCACAAGGCUGCAAUGGAUAAAAUUGGGAGAAAAAUCGCCAGCCUGAGGCAAAGAAGCACAGGAAAGCUUAAUUCUUUGAUUAGAGCGUGGAGAGGCGUGAACUCCAGCUCGAGAGCACCUGCUCUCCCACAAGGCCUGGGGCCGGGGCGGGACUGCUUUGGGGGUGGGGUUGCUAGCGGUGCCGAGGCUGGGCUGCUCACAACCCGGAUUGCCCUGCAGGAGUCCAGCGUCUCUGCGUCCGCCCUGUGCCAUCUUGGGUUGAGUGUGGUGCUGGGCAUCUUUGCUGCCCGGAGCUCAGUCAUCCUGCAGCUAUUUCACAGCAGGAACCCUGGACCAAAGAGCCAGGUGGAAGUCUCUGCCUGUCUACCCUGGGAGCCAAUUAAACAGGACCAAGCGCACAGGAAAAGGUACAUGAUGCCCUGCAUUUUGCAAGAUCUUCUGCUGAGAAGGAUGGCAGGGCCUUAAGCAGACUUUUCAGCAUAUCACUAUCAUUUUAUUGUUCUUUUAACACCAGUAAAGCCAUUCAGUUAUAAGCACAAUCUGGGAGUUCCCGUCGUGGCGCAGUGGUUAACGAAUCUGACUAGGAACCAUGAAGUUGUGGGUU